CGGGUUUCCCGUCGAAGGGCUGCUGUGAACACGAGCACGGCCUUCCAUUGGAGUCUCUUCAUGUCAGUCAAGUUCUGUCUGCCGUUCCUCUCUGCUCCCAGCACUGCUGCACAGGCGACCAUAUCGGCCGUCAGGGAGAGAACGGGAAUCGCAGGCCUGGAUUAUGAAAAGAUUCCAAAAAUGUCGAGUUUUUAAUCGAUGCUUGCUUCAAGACAAAUCACUGCGAUAAUAGCCGCCGAUAUGAAUACGCGUAUUUUAUUUACUAAAGCUACACAUCAGGAGAAUUUCCCCUCGACUUUUUGUGAUAUACAUUUUUCGCAAACAAAAGAAAACUGUCCUGAAAAUAAUUGAGGAAAGGAAGGAGGAAAGGUGCAGGCGGCCCACCCCAUGGAGAGGGUGGGUAAGGUGUGGAGCAACCUAAAGAGGGGAUGCCAGUCUCUGCUCCACCCAGAUGGAGGUGCUCGUGACCAGGCUCUGCCACAGGAGGCCAGCCCCCCCAGGCCACCUGCCUCCAGCCUGUCCCUGGUGGCUGGGAGGGCCAGCAACAACAACACUAGCAGUGUCGGUGGCUCGUCGGGAAGUGCGAGCAUGCGGCGGCCUGGGCAAAACUGCGUGGUGGACAUGGCCCAGGUGCUGGAGAUCACACUGGAGCAGGAUGUGGACAGCCGGCCGGGCCAGCUGGGCACCCGGCGGGACUCGUACUCGCGCCACGCGCCCUGGAGCGGCAAGAAGCGCCACUCGUGCUCCACGCGGGCGCAGGGCUCGCUGGAGGGUCGCGAGCGGGGAGGCAGGGGCCGCUGCCGCCACCGGGGCCAGGAGCUGGAGUCCGGUGCCGGGGGGACGCGGUCACUGCGGCAGCAGCUGCAGGACACAGUGGGGCUGUGCUUGCCGCUGCGUUGCUCAGCCUCGCGCGCGCCGCCCAAGCGCAAGAUCCACCUGACCGAGCUCAUGCUGGAGACCUGCCCCUUCCCCCCCGGCUCGGACUUGGCGCGCAAGUGGCACCUCAUCAAGCAGCACACGGCUCCCGUGGCCGCCGGCUCGGGUUCAUCCUCGUCUUCGUCAUCCGCCCCGGCCGCUCUACCGCCCUCUGCGUCUGGCCAGCAGGACUGGCCGCGAGGAGGAGGAGGGGCGGCAGCGUCGGCCGAGGACGAGGAGGAGCGCUUGCGUGAGCGGAGGCGGCUUAGCAUCGAGGAGGGCGUGGACCCACCGCCCGACGCCCAGAUCCACACGGUGGAGGCCCUGGCCCCACUGGCCUGCCUGCACAAGCUGGGACCCAAGCUGGCCCCAGGGCUGACCGAGGGCCUGGGCGAGGCCAGUGGCGGGGCGCGCGGGGGACGAGGAGGAAGCGCCCCAGACUGCGACUCGGAGGAGGAGGACGGCACUACGCUGUGCCUGCAGACCCGGCGCGCUCGUCAGCGCCAUGCCCACCCGCCACCUUCGUCAGCCGCCGCCGCCGCCGAGGGCCCCUGGAAGGUCCACACGCAGAUCGACUACAUCCACUGCCUGGUGCCCGACCUGCAGCAGAUCACGGCGCUGCCCUGCUACUGGGGCGUGAUGGACCGCUACCAGGCUGAGGCACUGCUGGACGGCCGGCCCGAGGGUAGCUUCCUGCUGCGCGACUCGGCCCAGGAGGACUACCUGUUCUCGGUCAGCUUCCGCCGCUACGGCCGCUCGCUGCACGCGCGCAUCGAGCAGUGGAACCACAACUUCAGCUUCGACGCGCAUGACCCGUGCGUCUUCCACGCCGCCACCGUCACCGCGCUGCUCGAGCACUACAAGGACCCGUCGGUGUGCAUGUUCUUCGAGCCGCUGCUCACGGCGCCCAUGCCGCGCUCCUUCCCCUUCUCGCUGCAGGGCCUGGCGCGCUCCGCCAUCUGCGGCCGCGUCUCCUACGACGGCAUCGCCGCGCUGCUGAUGCUGCCGCCGCCGCUGCAGGACUACCUCAGGGAGUACCACUACAAGCAGCGCGUGCGCGUCCGCUGGCUGGAGAGGGAGCUCAAGGCCAAGUGAGGAGACGCCCGCCCGCCCGCCGGCGGCAGCUGACAGCAGGGUGUGUGUUUCGAGUCCGGGCGGCCACUCGGUGCUCUGGAGAGGCCUGUGAGGCUGAGGGGGAUAGGAGAGAGGGAGGGAGGGGGUGUCAUAUGGGCCUGUAACUAAAACAAGUCGUAUAAGCUUUUAUCAUGUUUUUUUUAGUUACUACUCUAAUAUCGAAAUACAUAUUACUGGUGCUCUACUCUCUGCUAGCCCAAGAGCCACUGUGUCACGUUCACGUACUUUCAUAUCUCCACAUCCUACAGGAGAGGGGCAGCAUCUGUGUCACGUUCACGUACUUUCAUAUCUCCACAUCCUACAGGAGAGGGGCAGCAUCCUACAGGAGAGGGGCAGCAUCUGUGUCACAGCUGUUUACUCUUGUUUUGUUGUUGUUUUGUUCUUUGUCUGUCUCAGUUAAGCCUAGCUUGUUCUUUCUAAUUCUCUUUUUUUUUUUCUUUCAUUUGUCCUCAAACUAUGUUGUACAGGAUUAUGUGGCCUGCCCUUGCCUGUGUAUACAUGAGUUUCAGGAAGGGGAAGGUUGGAGAGAAUGGGGGACAUUUUAACUGUGACUUUUCUGUGGGGAAGGGAAGGGAAGGUGCUGACCCCCUCCUUUCCCUGGUGCUCCAUCUGUGUGUCCAAGGGAGACCCUACCCCCUUCGCUCAGCUGAGAAAAA